AUGGCGAACGCUGAGGUUUUUCAGCAUGCAUUUUUUGGGUUUCCUGAGUCAUAUAAUAACAUUAAUGUGUUAGAGCAAUCUCAUGUAUUUAAUGAACUUGCUGAAGGACGUGCUCUUACAGUACAUUACUCAAUUAAUAGUCAUAACUACAUAAUAGAAUAUUACCUUGCUGAUGACAUAUAUCCAAAGUGGGCAACAUUUGUGAAAACAAUCCCAGCUCCACCAGAACAGAAGUAUAAAUUAUUUGUAGCAGCCCAAGAGGCGUGUAGGAAGGAUGUUGAGCGUGCAUUUGGAGUGCUUCAAGCACGUUUCGCAAUUGUCCGUGGACCUACACGAUUUUUCCAUCUUGAAACACUCCAAAAGAUCAUGAAAGCGUGCAUAAUUCUCUAUAACAUGAUUGUUGAAGAUGAACGGGAUGAUAAUGAAGUAGUAGACUUGGAUUAUGAACAAAAUGAUGGAGUGGAUAAUCCUCCUCUGCAAGUGUUACGUGAACAAAGUGAUGAAUUUUUGUCAUACAUUGAGAGGCACAGAUGCAUUAGAGACCGAUAA